AUGGACCCAAGAACGAAGAAGAGGCUAAAUAGAGAUGCUGGAACAGAGGUGCUUUGUAUAAGUAAAAAGGAAAAAUUGGAGUAUGGGGUUCAGAAAGCAUGGAAUCACGUGCCCCCAAGUAAACUACUCUGCUGGCACGCAGUCAUUAACAGGGUACAAGAGAGCUGGGGAUACACCAAAGCAUGA